AUGAGCUCCGAUCCCAUUGGAGCGAGCCUGGAACCUGAAUCGUCAAAGGCGUCUUCGAUGGAAGACUAUCCCCGGCUUCUUCCCUCGGCCAUGCGCAAGGCUUCCGACUCUUCCGUCGAGACAAGACAAUCGACGAAAUUGGCAACAUCAGAUAGUUCGGGCGAUGAGUCCUCAAGAAGAGUCCCCAGCCUUGCGACCCGUCGAUCCAUCACACGUCUCUCCUCGGGUGAGAACCGGUCUCCGGUUCGUGUGCCACCUCCAAUCAACACGAAUCUACACGCGAAACUUCCCGUGAUUGACAGCUACGACGCAGAGCCAACUGCGUGGCCACAGACCGACAGCUCGUUGCCUCUGACAGAGGAUGGUAGAGAGGGAUUGUGGUUGCAACCCCUGGAUGUCAAGCCUUCACCAAAACCGGCACGCAAAUGGAAUUUCUUUUCUCGCGCUGCGACAACGUCUCCCGUCAAGGGCAAGCAACAGGCCGUAGAAGAUGUGGAAGAUGCAGCAAUGCCGCCCAAUAGAGCCAUUGCGCACUAUGCAAUGUCGGAUAACAGUCAUGCAAUUGAACUCGAUGAGGUUGAGCGUAUUGUUCAGGAUGACACCGAUUUUGAAGAAGACUCUAUGUCGGAUUCGGAGUCUCUACCAAAGGAAUAUCCGCACGGAGGGCGUCAUCUCAAUAGAACGCCAUCGCCGCCCAACGUCGAGUUUGGCCGUGAUGCCGACUUUCGCGUACAGUAUCAGGCACAAAGGCUCCGCCUCAACCGACAGGACUCGGGAGAGACUUCAAAGAUGCUCAACGCUCAGUCCAUCUUCUCAGGAACUCAAGCUAGACCAUCUGGAGAGGCACAAUUGAGACCUUCGGUCGCUCGCGCCGUCCACACACCCGACAUGACAGGGAGACGGACACUUGAACCGAGCCAAGGCUACUUGAGCACUCCUGAGCGGGCAAACAACUCAUCGAGAUUACCACGCCUAUCACCUGUUGGCAGGAUACCUCCAGUGGUUUCUAGAAGAGAUCGGGAUAGGAAGCUCCCAAACACUUCUUUCUCUCGACCUUUCUCAAGCAGUCAGCAUCGUCCGUUUGCCAAACCGCCUGGCUCCGUGUACAGCCAGAUUCGAGAAAUGGCGAGUCCGACCGAAUCAAACUCGCAACCUGUGUCGAGUGCAAGUACCAGAUCUGAGGGUACGAUGCAAGAUCCUAUCAGCACUGCGCAGACUGAAAUUGUUUCUACCGACCGCGACAGUGUUGAUUUGCGCGGCUAUGGGGAGUUCCUAGCCUUUCCGCCGCGGAAAGGAUCAGAUCAGUCCUAUUCAUGUUCCGAUAGCUCUAGCAUCCCGAGCUGGAUGACCACACUACCUCCACAAAAAGAAGACGUCUGGAACGAGUACAAUGAUUUCAUGGACGAGGUGAUGCCGUUAAGGACACCGAUGAGAACACCAACCACGGGAUCUUCACUUGGGGCGCCAUUUCAAUACUCCAGUAUGCUUUGGGAUGGGAAUGGAAAUUCAUGGCCGAUCCCUACCCGGACUGGCCUACCACCAACACAGCAACUUCCACCGAUCCCAGGUGUCAAUACGGUGCCUACUAUCUUGACCGUGCCCCAACAAAUCUCACGGUUCUUGCGGCCUUCACUAUCGCCAAUCACGCCAGACACCAUCAGCGAUUUGGGCAAUCAUAUCAGUAACUUUCCGCCCCGUUUCGCAAGCCUCCACAACACGCAGCAUCCGAAACGAUCGAGUUUGACCAGCGCUCGCGGCAGUAUUUCAUCCUCACGCUCCAGCAAGACCUCCACCCACUCGCGAUCAGCAUCUCUGCCAAGUGCGCGCAACUCGCAAACAGAUUCGUCUCGUAUGCUCCAAGCCACGUCGCUUGCAGGAAUUGCGGAAGCUCCAGCAGUCAGAAACAUCAAAUGCAGUACUGACCUCCGCGUUGGAGCACUCAUGACAAGCAAAUGGCUGUCCUUUGGCCGUGUCCUCUUCAGUCCUGCCCACAACGAGAUGCAAUUUGCCGAUCAUCCGCGGAUUCUGAUAGUCGAUGGUCUCAGCAACGACUGGUCUCAUUUCGUCGCAUUGACCUAUCCUGAUGCCCAGGUCUACAACAUUGCCCAGAUAUCCGGACACUCUCUAUCGCCGAUCGGCGCAACUCCGCCAAACCUACGACAGAUCCGCCUCCCCUCCUUCUCAGCCUCUUUCCCUUUUCCAAAGGACUUUUUCCAUACCAUCGUCUUCCGCUUCCCGGCUGCGACGACGGAGCAAACGUACGCUGCGCUCCUAUCUGAAUGUAAGCGUGUGCUUCGUCCGGGCGGUUUUCUGGAACUGGCGGUCCUGGACCUCGAUCUCAUGAACGUGGGACCGAAAGCGAGGCGGGCUGUGAGGGGGCUGAAGACUCGUAUGCAAGCGAAGGAUUCUGAGGUGUGGCUAGGCAAUUCAAGUGAUCUUAUUGUGAGAGGUUUGGGCCGGAGAGGUUUUGAAGGAGUCAAGAGAUUCGGUGUCGGCGUUCCUGUUGAGGGGAGGAUUGCUGCUGCUGUUGGUCAGAGAGAAAGAGGAGGGUCUUCCUCUUCUUCAGGAUCGUCUUUCGCGGGCAUAUCACCCAGCAAAGAACUCAAUCUGGCAAGCUUACUGGACAAUACCGACUUUGCCAUGAAGAGCAAUGAUGAGAACAUCACGAAAAUGGUGGCAAGAGUGGGUCGAUGGUGGUAUUCGAGCUGCUAUGAACGCAUCCUACCUGUUUCGGAUCGAAGUAUCUGGAAAGACCGGACGUUGUUGAGAGAGUGUGAGGAGCAGGGGACGAGUUUUCGGUUGUUCAUCUGUCAGGCGCAGAAACCUUUGCUGGUAAGGAGGAGGACGAAGAGUGUUUGA